UUUAUUAAGAUAACGUAGGUAUUUGUGCAGUAAGAUAUCUUAAACUUUAUUAAGUCAAAGGUAGAAAAAGUACAAAAAAUAGUAUUUUCGAACAAGUGUGAGCAAUUUAAUUACGUACAUAAAGAACGUAGAAUGGCAACUUAUUUAACAAAUUAUUUAUUACGUAAAUUUCCAAAUUUACAAAAAUGGGCAUAUGAAGCUGCAGGAUUUAAUCAAUAUGGUUUACAUCGAGAUGAUAUUCUUCAUGAAACUGAAGAAGUACGAGAAGCAUUAAAGCGAGUACCACCUCACAUAGUAGAAGAACGUGAUUUUCGAAUUAUUAGAGCUAUGCAAUUAGAUUGUCAAAAGAAAAUUUUGCCAAAAGAACAAUGGACUAAAUUUGAAGAUGAUAUUCUUUAUCUAACACCCAUUAUAGAGGAAAUGAGAAAGGAACGUGAAGAAAAAGAAAGAUGGAACGCAGAAUAAUAUAAUAACAUAGUAGUGAAUGUUACAUUCAUUUUACAUUUAAAUUGUAAGUUCAAUAUAUAGUAAUUUGUAUAUAUGAAAUAUAAAUAUUAAAUAAAUUAAUUUGUUCAAUUAAAUUCUAUUAUUUCAAAU